UAAAUUCAUCUUGUCACUAUUACUGGUUUUUCUUUCCCCGCCCCAAAGUUGUGAGAACUUGCUGGAUGAAGGAGCACGUUACUUCCAGCAGGCAGCAAACAGGUGUAAUAAAACGGUGAAGCAAGUUGUUCAGCCUUUGUCUCAGGUCGCCCUUCAUUGUGCCACGGGAACAGGCUGUUGCUGGUAUCUUCUCUCCUGAAGCUGAACCUUGGCGUUGGAGAAAGUUUUGUGUCUUUGUGUUUAGCGUUGCUGAUGGUGUAGAGCAGUAGGAUCAAACUCCCGGGUCUGUGUUUCUGCAGCCAAUGGCACAAAGCCUUGUGCUGGUGUGGGAUAGUGACAGGGCAAGGGGGACAGCUCCACUGAGAUGGUAGAAGUUAAAAUUGUCCAUUGUCAUGUCUUGCUUGAUGGGGAAUGCUGCUCUUUGUAGUCCUCUGAGAGCACUUCAGUCAACUGGAAUAUCUGGCUUUACCAAGUCCCAGCUGAAGCUGUGUGCCCAGAGCAGCUGCCUGGUGAUCUUAGCUUUGAUUCGGGAAGCUGGUGCUUCUGGCAAGUGGAAUGCAAAGUGCCAGUACAUCCCAAAGCUCCUCCGUGCAUCCUGGCACGUUCCUUGUAGGGAUAGAUUGACCCAUGGAAGAGAUGAGGAUGAUCUGUGCCAGCAGUGAGCAGUCCCUAAUCCUGCUCAGUGCCGCUUGUAGCCUGUCAAGGGGCUCUAUACAGUUCAUGGUAUUGGAAAGGAAGAAGAGUUCUCAAACAUCUUCUUAAGAUGGUGCUGAAGAACAUCUUUUAUUUGAUUCUGAACAAAUUCCAUCUGCUAGAACAGCUGACCAAAGAAAAGUACUGGAGGAGUUAAACCAGUUGAGAGCCCUUUAUCUUCCAGUGGCCUUCUGGUAUGGUAACAUAAUUAUUCCUGGGAAUUGCUUAUUGAAGAGGUGUGUCUUGGCUGACACAGAGGCUUGAGAAAUGUCAAAGAGCAAGGGAGGUUUUAAACAUAUGUUUUUCAGUUAAUACAUGGCAAUAAGAGUAUGUGAUAUUGCUAGUACCAUCACCUUUCUUUAAAGUACCAAAGGGGGCACUGGUUUGGUUUCUGUGCAGAAAUUGUAUGCAAACUUCAGUUCUCAUUAAAAAGUUUCUCGUAGCUGGAUCUCUUUGUGUUGCUUUAUGAAGCGAAUUCUUUUGUAGUUUGCUGCAUGGACCCACUGUGUGUAAAGUGCUGCUCCAAAGUUACGAGCCACUUUUCUGUUUGAUUCACACUUCUGAGCAAAGCAUACAAAGGGUUUUGCAUCAUGGGCAAUAAUGUUGUUCAGUGCAAAGACUUUGUUGUGCUGUAGCAUUUUGAAACUUCGUGUUGCCAUGCCCCCAUGACAAGGAGAACACAAUAGGAGUCAUAAUGACACACAAGGUUUGCACAAUUCCCAAAUUCGUUGCAGGUGGGCGGUUCCUGGUAACUCCAAGCACAAGGCUGUUGGAAGUAUAUGAACUUGCCUGAGCUGUGUGAUUAGUUCUCAGUUAUUUUCAAAGUUCUUGGAGAAUCAAUGUGUGAUAUUUAUUUAACAUUGUUUGUGUUUUGGGAGGGCAGUCACCUGCGUGUAGCGUUGCCACAGUCUGUUCAGUUGUUCAUUUCACUGUCUGUCUCUCCAGGUUCACUGAAAUAAAUUCUUUUGAGAGGAUCUUUUAGUUUUCCUCUCUGACUACUGUAUGCAAGGUGCACCUGAACACUCUCCUGUUUAUGAAACUGCAUGUGCUGGGGGUAGCAGUGGCUCAGCAGUUGUGUAAGGGAGAUCUGUGCAUGAUCUCAUUAAACUGAGAUUAAUGUUAGAGCAUCUUCCUUCUCCUGGGAAAAGGAGGUGGUGUCUUACACUUGUCUCUGUGUACUGCAACUGCUCCUUCCCUUGCUGUAGCUGUUCUGCUUGGCUUGUGCUUUCUUCUUGAGUAUCUGCCUUGACAGUGUGUCACAGCCAAGCAGGGUGGUAGAGAUGAACAGUUAAAGAAUAGCUCAGGCUUGUUUCAUUGAUUUCAAGCUAAAAUUGUUCUUAAACUUGUCCUUUCACAGUGAGUCAUGGCACCUGUAAUCGAUAAAUGUGAUAAAACUGGUAUUUAAGUGAUACUUAGCUAUGUUCUGUUAGUGUGAAAUCAGUGAUGCUAAGGAAGAGCUUUUUGCUGUGCAGCUGGCCCAGCCUCUGUUCUCUUGCUGUUCUCUUACUGUGUUGUAACAGCAGUAAGGCAAACCCCUGAGUGCAGGAGAGAACCUGGUGCAGACAAGGCCAUGGUAGUGACGGUUUGUUAAAGCACCACCAACUGCCUGGAGUUCAAACAAAGCUGCUUGAUAAGGCCUCUUUUAUUUUAGCAGGGUUGAUAAAGUGUUAUCAGCUGCAUAGGUAGAAGUUCUCCCUUUAAGCAGGAAGGAGUGCCGAGGAAGGAAUGAGAAGGAGACCUAAAUCAAGGCAGGAUUUAAGAGUUCUUGAGAUACUUGCUGGCAUUUUGAGAAGAAAGUUCUUGGACUGCAUCCCAUUGAAAACCUGUUCAAGUUGAGUAAAGGUUGCCAAGGAAGCACACAGAUGGUACCUUGCAACUCUGCUACGUGAGCAAAAUAAACUCAUUAUGGGUAUGUUUUUGUUGUGGGGUUCAUUUGAGACUACAUCCACACUUAAUACUGUCUACGUAGUGAAAACUUCUGACCUGGGCUUCCUCUUCUUGCAAGACUGGAUUAACUUGUGUGAUUGGGACUUACAACAUUUUGGCUGGAAAUUCCACUCUCAUGGGAGGACAUAAGGAAAAAUUGCAACAAAUUUCUGCACAGGGUAGUUCCCUGCCAGCCUUUGCCAAGCUGAUGGAGAAAAUGAUGGAGAGUGUCUCAGCAAGCUGUGCACAGGCAUCAAGAUCCAUUGCUGUGUGCAGAAACAAGGAAGCCACAGGAAAAUGUGGAGCUCUGGGUUGGUGGCACUCAGCAGUGAGGAACAAUUAAUUAAUGCUGCUCUUUGGAAGGAGCAUUUGUCCUUUUAUUGGAUAUGGGUUCACAUGCCACCUCUCACUGCAUCUGAAAUGAAUGGAGCUGAGCAAGGAAGACAAAAUGAAAUCUGGUUGUGAUGUUAAACUGCUCCUUAGUCUGAUUGGAAACAGGAUUUUCUUGUGCUUUCAUUGCCUUUCCAUAUGAAUUGUGAGGAGAUUUUGUUUUGUGUCUGGACCUAACCCAAUGGGGUAAAAAAGGGGACAUGACUGUAUUUAGCUGAGCAUUCAGGAUUUUUGUUGCCAAGAUACUACAGCAAGGAAGAUGAGAAGGUUCUUAAGACCCGGCCACGAUCCAGUGAGAGAGAGGCUCAAACGGGACCUUUUCCAGUUUAACAAGACUGUGGAACAUGGAUUUCCCCACCAGCCCAGUGCCCUGGGCUACAGCCCAUUUCUCCGGCUCAUGGCCAUUGGGACACGAUCAGGAGCCAUCAAAUUAUAUGGUGCUCCUGGGGUGGAGUUCAUGGGUUUACAUGAAGAAAACAACACUGUAAUGCAAAUUCACUUUAUACCUGAUCAGUGCCAGCUGGUGACACUGCUGGAUGAUAACAGCUUGCACCUCUGGAGCCUGAGGCAGCACGGAGGAGCAUCUGAGCUGCGGGAGGAGCAUCGCUUCACCCUCAAAGGGCCACCUGGCUCUCCACCAAGUGCCACCCAGGUGACAGCUGUGCUUCCACAUUCCUCACGGGAGGUGCUGUACCUUGGCACAGAGAGUGGCAACAUCUUUGUGGUGGAGCUGCCCUCGCUGAGAGUGCUGGAGGACAGGACCAUCACCCCUGAGGCCGUGCUGCAGCGGAUACCAGAAGAUAAUUGCAACAGGCGAUCCUGUGAGCUGGUGGAAGCCCUUCAGGAGCAUCCUAAGAACCCUGACCAGAUCCUAAUUGGAUACAGCAGGGGCUUGAUUGUCCUCUGGGACCUGCAGAAUAACAAAGCAACACAGCAUUUCCUGGGCAGCCAGCAACUGGAGAACCUCUACUGGCAGAGGGAUGGCAGUAAAUUCAUUAGUUGUCACUACGAUGGAAGUUACACCCAGUGGCCAGUAUCCAGUGACAACAGGCAGUCAGAGCCUCUGGAAAACACUGUGCCUUAUGGUCCUUUUCCUUGCAAGGCCAUCUCCAAGAUCUACUGGCAGACAACAAAAAAUGGGCUUCCUUACAUAAUAUUCCAAGGAGGAAUGCCCCGGGCUAGCUAUGGGGACAGGCACAGUAUCUCUGUUAUCCACGGCAGCCAGCAAACAGCCUUUGACUUCACCUCCCGAGUGAUUGACUUCUUUAUAAUCUUCAGUUCAGAUCCUGCUGCAGAGUUCGAUGACCCCUCUGCCCUGGUGGCACUGGCAGAAGAAGAGCUCGUGGUCAUAGACUUGAAAAGUGCAGGCUGGCCAGCAGUGCACCCCCCAUACCUGGCCUCCCUGCACUGCUCAGCCAUCACCUGCUCCCACCACGUCUCCAACAUCCCCCUGAAGCUCUGGGAGCGGAUAAUCAGUGCUGGGAGCAAGCAGAACAUCCACUACUCCAGUAUGCCCUGGCCAAUUGAUGGUGGCACCAACAUUGCUCCAGAUCCUCCACAGAGGGACUUGCUGCUGACAGGGCAUGAGGAUGGCACAGUGAGGUUUUGGGAUGCCUCUGGUGUGUGCUUGCACCUUCUUUAUAAGCUGAGCACAGUGAGAGUGUUCCUGACUGAUGCUGAUCCCAAUGACAACAUGAACACCCUGGGGGAGGAUGAGUGGCCUCCCCUCCGCAAGGUUGGUACCUUUGAUCCUUACAGUGAUGAUCCAAGACUUGGGAUCCAGAAGAUCUACCUGUGUAAAUACAGUGGAUACUUGGCUGUAGCUGGUACAGCAGGACAGGUGCUGGUGAUGGAACUGAAUGAUGAGGAUGCAGAGCAUGUGGUGGACCAUGCAGAAGCAGAUCUCCUGCAGGACCAAGAGGGCUAUCGAUGGAAGGGUCACGAGAAGCUAAAAACUCGAGAUGGGCCUGUUCGAUUUGAAGCUGGUUUUCAGCCAUUUGUCCUUGUCCAAUGCCAGCCCCCAGCUGUGGUCACCUCUUUGGCCCUGCACUCAGAGUGGAAGCUUGUGGCCUUUGGUACCAGUCAUGGGUUUGGGCUUUUUGACCAUCAGCAGAAGCGACUGGUCUUCGUCAAGUGCACACUGCACCCCAGUGACCAGCUGGCCUUGGAGGGUCCCCUGUCAAGGGUGAAAUCCUUGAAGAAGUCUCUCCGGCAGUCGUUCCGGCGGAUCAGGAGAAGCCGCGUGUCCAGUAGGAAGCGGCGAGGAGCUGCUGGGAACGCCUCAGAGGUGCAAGAAGCAAAUGCCAAGUUUGACCAGGAUGCGUUGCAGGAGAUGGAGCUGGCUCCGGUCCAGCGCAAGAUCGAGGCGCGCUCAGCAGAAGAUUCUUUCACUGGCUUUGUGCGAACCUUGUAUUUUGCUGAUACCUUCCUGAGAGACAGCUCCCGGCACUGCCCGUCCCUGUGGGCUGGCACCAAUGGAGGGACAGUCUAUGCUUUCUGUUUACGUGUUCCUCCAGCUGAGAGGAGGAUGGACGAGCCUGUGAGGGCAGAGCAGGCCAAAGAGAUUCAGCUGAUGCACAGGGCUCCUGUUGUGGGGAUACUUGUGUUGGAUGGACGCAGCACUCCCCUCCCAGAACCUCUAGAAGUAGCACAUGACCUUUCCAAGAGUCCUGAUAUGCAAGGCAGCCACCAGCUGCUGGUGGUAUCUGAAGAGCAAUUUAAGGUCUUCACGUUGCCCAAGGUCAGCUCCAAGCUGAAGCUCAAGCUGACAGCCCUGGAGGGCUGCAGGGUACGGAAGGUGACAGUUGCCAACUUUGGCAGCUGCAAGACUGAUGAUUACAGUGAGAAUGACCUGGCAGUGCUGACCAACCUGGGAGACAUCCAGAUCAUCUCCCUGCCCUUCCUCAAGCUGCAGAUCCGCUACCCCUGCAUCCGCAAGGAGGAUGUGAGUGGCAUUGCGUCCUGUGUCUUCACCAAAUAUGGCCAAGGUUUCUAUCUGAUCUCACCGUCGGAGUUUGAGAGGUUUUCCCUCUCCACCAAAUGGUUGGUGGAGCCUCGGUGCAUCGUGGACAUGCCAGAAGUGACAAGCAACAAUCACGUGCACAGCAAGUCUGGCACAGAGAAUGCUGCAAGGAAAUCCAGGGGAUCAGGAAAGAGUUCAGAUGACUUUGGAGAAGAUGAAAGGAAGUCUGGGAGGCUGAUGGAACAUGCCUUACUCAAUGAUGAAAAAGUGCUGAAGGAGAUCCAGAGUACUCUGGAGGGGGGCAGGGGGAGCUAUGCAGAAAGAAAUUUGGCAAGAAGUCCGUUAGGACAUGGACUAAGUAAUGGAGGAGCAGAUUGACCAGAACUCACCGAGGACUUCCUGGCAUUGCAUCGAGUGCCAUAACACUACUGAUGGGCAAACCGUCCCUGGGGAGAGGGCACCAGUGCUCCCAGCAGCCAGACUGGGGAGCUGCAGCUCCUGUGCUGUGCUUCUGCCUCCCCUUUAGUGCCUCUUGGAGACCUCUCCUGCUGGAGCCUGCCUUGCUUUAGGACAGCAGUGGAUGCCAGGUCUGAUGCACCACAAGCCUCUGAGUACAUCUAACAUUCAAAUGUUUGCACAUUUCUAUUUUCUACUGGGCUGGGUUUUAAAUUAUAAAUGUUUUACUGCCUUGGUGCAGGAUUUUAAUAAACGCACACUGUUACCUCCAAUUAUUUUUUUGUACUUUUUCAAAAAAUCUUAUGGGUAUUUCAGUUUUAACGGAAACAUUUAGAAAUUUACUUUAAGAAAAAAACAUUAAAUAAUAUAUGCUAGACUCCUGUGACUGCUGUAUGUGGUAUCUGAAUGAGUAAUUUUGGGGUUUGUUUGUUAUGGUACUGUUAACUGGCUUUAUGGAUUUGGGUAGAAUCUAUUUUUGUAGCCAUUCAAAUCAGAGGAAAACUAAUUGAAUUUGAUUUU